UUAAUCAUAACACUCUUUCCAUUUCUUUUUCAGCGUCUACAAGGCAAAAUGUUUGAAAUCGCAUUAAUAAUAAAUGUUUUUUACGCCUUGGCAAUUUUUUCCCAACAGGCAGCUAAGAGGCGUUUCAACGUUGAGUUAAACGAAUAUCGAUGUAAUCAUUUUGGAACAGUCAUCAAAUGCUUAGAGUGCUCUUUCACCAAAGUAUCCACAAAUAAUUUUGUUACAAAUACUGCGAUGGAAUUCAAUCAGGAGUUGGCCAGAAAUAGCGAGUUUCGACUUUUGGUUUCAUUUCAAUUGCCCAAGAAGGACAAAGUGAUUAAAUUUCUGGACUUAAAAAUGACCAUUUGUGAUGUGCUGAGUCAAAUGAUGUCUGUGCCUCUAGUGAAAAGGAUCAUAAAGGAAACAAGGAGAACCAGUAAUAUGCCCUAUGCAUGUCCGAUAAAAGCAAAUUACCUAUACUACAUGGCCAACUAUAGUAUUACCGAUGAACUCUUUCCCACCUACACUCCUUACAUAAGUUUUAAUUUUUCCUUGUUCUAUUUUGAAAAUGGCAAAUUAUUUGCCAGCUCUAAUGUUGGGGGAGCUACUGUUCCAAAAUAGAGACGGAGAGAGAGAGAGAGAUG